AUGGCUGACGGUUCUUCACCACCUGGCGACAUCGCAGAAGUCCUCAAACGGAUCAUGGAUUCGGCUCCAGAAGAACCCGGGCCACGCACAGGCGUGAGAGUCAUGAAGCGCCGAUCAGCGGGCCCAAAAUUGAUGCAUACGCCACCGAAAAUCCUGAAGCGCAAGAUGCCGCCAGGCGGAUUGUUUGAAGCACGGCCAGCCGUACGACGCACCGAUCUCGGGCCAUUUUAUUGCAACGAAGAAGAUUAUACUAAAUGCGCGCAAUGGGGCUGCGGAAUCAAUAUUCCGUCGCUACUGACCCCGUUGAGCUUCGUUCCAAAGCGAGCGAUUUCAUCGAUUAUUCAGACAUUUCCUUCGGUCGCUAAGCAGAACGACGUGAUCGAAGAGUACAUGAAGUACAUGGCAAUCAUUGAUCCAGCCGAAGCCCGACAGGCCAUGGAAAACUUCCCGAUUCGGAUAUGCCAGAAACAUUUCAUCAACAAAUUGGGAGGACAAGAUGGUAUUCCAAACAUUGCCGAGAAGGAUCCACGAUAUUCAGCUGAUUUCGAUGAUAGCGACGUCACGAAAGAGUUGAAGCGCCGUAUAGUCAUACUUCACAGUGAUCAGGAGCUGCGCAAUUCGUUUGUGCCAAUGCCCGGGCAGCCGCUGACAUUCAUUCGCUGUGGUGUUGCUAGAUGCCAGAGCACAAAUCUGACCGUCAACCCGAACCCACUACGCCUCUUCCGCCUAUUUCCAGUCCCGAAACACGACGCUGGCCUGGAACGAUGGUCGACCCUGUUGGCCCACAAAGGCAUCCGAAUCUCACCGGAAAACCUAAAAGAGCGCGGCCACAUUUGCGAGAUGCACUUUUACCGAGGUGAUCCGGCACACGCUUGGCGCCAUUUGGACGGCCUACAGGCUGCCGAUGAAGUUGGUCAUGAAAUGGUACUACCGGAAGUGGCUCGGUGUAUCGUCAAAAGCUGUUCAAGUAGCUUUGCUUCUCGGAAGGCUGAUGGAACGCCGGUUAAAUUUGUGGAUUUACCGGAAAACCCUACAACUCACGCGGCAUGGAUGACAAUAUUGGGGGCCAAAAAUGGCCAAUUUAUUCGCGACCUCGGACCCGGCUCCAAGAUUUGCGAGAACCAUUUUGCGCCCGAGGAUACCAAUUUUCAAGGAUUGCCGUUCCGCUUUAUCCGUGAAGAAAAGAAAGCCGCGGAAGUUGCGGUUCCAGAUGAGAAGGCGAUCGUCUGGGACGCUUGCUGCCCGGGGCGGCUGAAGCUCGAGGUCGCCAUGCAAAAUUUAACUCGGAAAUACGAAGAUAUGACCUACUUGUUCCUGGAAUAUUUGGAGAAGAAUAAUAUCCCAGUCACGACGGACUUUGCAAAGAAGAUUUUGAUAGAUCCGAAGGAAUUCACCAAGCGCUUCAAAGCCGUGAAGACCGAGAGGAGGGGGCAUCGAAUCCCCCGAGCUUUGACCAUCCCGCAGCGAUCUACGCAUUACACCUCAGAACGUCUACAAGAAACUGUCAACAAGCACCGCAAACUGCCGCAGCUGAUCAAAGAUGCGCCG